GGGUGGGGCGCGGACACCGUGGAGACGGUGCGGAGACGGGCCCCGUCCGCCAGCCGUGCGCCCUGGGUCCGCUCCGCUGUCAUUGAAUUUGCAUGGAUUUGGAGGUUAAAAGAGUUGCUGCAUCCCCUCGAAGGAAGGCUGAGUUGUCAUUGAAGGGGAAGAAAUGUCAGGGCUGGAGACCAAAUAGACGGGCUACACACAGUCCUCGCCCACCAGAGGUGCCAUGCCUAGAUCUAGGGAGGCUGGGAGGUUCUGAUGAAGAGGAUGGGGACUCUUACAUACCGUACACUGGAAGUUCUUCUCAUAGGUGCCAACUAGAUUCAUCUUCAGAGUGGAGAAUGUCAUUACAAACUCCAUAUGCACAGCAUCAACAUAAGACAAGACCAGAAAAUCUGCCAUCCCCCACAGACAGAUCCAAACUGAAGCAUGGUCACUAUGAAGCAGGUACAAAGGAAGAAUAUAAGCAGCAUCCUCAGAGAAUUGCAGAAAAGAAAAAAGACCACUUCCAGUGUCCAGACACUUCAUUAAAGGGUACACAGCUUGAAGAUGGACAUGAUGAUUUUGUAACUCUUGAUAAGAAAGCUCUCCUGCAACAAUACUAUACAAACAAGCCUUAUAAUAUGCAAUACAACAUAAGGAGGUCAGAAGCUGAGGAUGUUGCUGUGGAGAGGAAAAAACAGGCUGUUGUAGAACAAGUUAUGGUGGAUCAAUUAUGUAGAGCUGUUGUAAGUGAUCCAGAGCAGUUCACACAUUCUGAUGCUUGCAAGGAAGCUCAAGGACUUCUGGGAGUUGGGAUAGCACCAAUGCGUUUUAGGAAAAGAACACUCCAUGAAACCAAAAUACAAACCAAAUCAGGAUUAACUGAGAACAUGUUCUCCAACAAGCUACGCUUUGACAGUAGGAUUAUAUCGAGAAAUGGUCAUGAUGCUUGUAGGGAGGUGACUGGAUUUUUUUUUGCAUGUGACAAAUCCCUUACUGUGUAUGAAUUUCGACAGUUUGGAAAAAACAGGACAAAUGCCUUGCCUUUCAUUCAGAAGGGAGUUUUUCAACAUCAACGUGGACAAAGAAAGGGAAAAGCUUAUGAUCUUAGUGACUUCUACAUUUUAAGAAUUCUUCUGCUGAAUGGAGCCAAUCUGACUUUCCGAAGUGUUGAUCAUAACAUUCCAGAAAGUGUUAAGCAGAAUGUCUUCACCCUUCGUGUGAUAAGUAUUGAUGAAGCAGCUAUGGAUUAUCUAAAAGCUUCUUCUGUGGAACUCAAGGAAGAGUGUUCCAGGCAAGUGGAUGAUGGCGACAAAAUUUUCAAGAAGAUUCAAGGUAUCUUCAGAGAAACACUAAGUAAAAGAGGAGUUCGUGUUAUAAUAGGCUUAGGGAAGCAUUUCUGACAAGACAAGAACAGAAAUGGUUUUCUCUCUCAGGCAGCCUUGAAAGAAGCUCUAAAAGUAUUCCAUUUGGAAAUGCCUGAAGGGGACUUUGAAUCCUUAUGGUUUAUUCUUGAUGAUAGCAAGAGUGAUAAGGUCGACUAUGGAGAAUUUACUCAUGCCAUAUUUGGAGAAAUGAAUGAAUAUAGGAAAGAUUUUGUGAGAAAAGCUUAUAUGAAACUAGAUUUCAACAAAACUGGGAGUGUGCCUAUGGUAGAUGUCAGAAAAUGUUACUGUCCAAAGAAAUAUCCUCUAGUAUUGGCAGGCAAAACUGCGGAAGAAGACAUUAAGUCGUCAUUUCUAGAAGCAUUAGGAGAGUCCUGCAGGAACCUCAAUGAAGUGUCUUAUUCUGAGUUUGAAGAUUACUAUGAAAGUUUAAGUUUUGGAAUUGUAGAUGAUGAUGAUUUUGUUAGUAUCUUAAGGAAUUCAUGGGGAAUUUAGAGUGGAAGAUGACAAAAAAGUAGGGACAUUUUCUAAACAAGGAGUGACUAAAUAAGGGAGGAUUUAGUCUUGAUGUACAUUACUUUAUAAUUAGUGUCUUAAACUGAAUUCAGGGACAGAAAGCUUUAGAUGCUUUCAGAAUAAUACGUGGCAAAUUUUAUGGAGUGUCUGUUGAGUUAUGCUAGGCACUCUUCUAAUAAAAAUUCUGUUCAUGUCUUUCCAGUGGAAAUUAUUAAGGCUGUUUCCCAUACCAAAAGCCAUAAUUUUUUUAUAUUAAAAUAAAGUGUCCUAUUU